AUGUCAGAAAUGUGGCCGGGUGUCACAAAUUGUACAAAACAACCGUGGCUACCGCUCUCGGAUUCGGUCACGACAGCUGGUAUAUCCACACCGGGAAAUGUGGAUCCACCACUGAUUCUGGAAAAUCAUGUAGAGUCCAGAUAUCCCAUACACGGCAUAGCACCCAUUAUGGGUGAGAAGUGGAUUAAGGCUUGUCGCAGUGGAGGUAUUAUUAUGUUCAGGCGGUACAUGUGGAUCGGCCUUUCCCGAUGUGGAUGCGGUGACCUAAGACAACAACGGUCACAGCAGUUCUAUUGUGUUACAAUAAUUUUACACCCGGUCCACAUUGCAGAGCUUCCACAAUUCAUGGAAAUGGCCACAACCAAUGGGUUGAUAACUAAUAAUGCCCUGAAUGCCACUCUGGCGGCCGUGCAACCACUCAUCAAGCAUUGCAUGAAGUUGAAGGAGGGCGAUCCAGAGACUUUGACAUUAUCUGAUGACAUCGCCAGACGCGUGGCCAAAGAUCUAAGGAUUCAUGCUGGGGAUGCAACGUCAUUUUCCCCGCAGCUACUCUCCUGUGCUGCCGUCAUCCGGCAGUACUCCAAGGGCGGUGCCUUUCAGUGCGUCCCCGACUGGACCUCUGUGUCUGAUGAUGACCCGAGGAUCAAGAACCACCCCCGAUUUGACAAGACCAUGGGCUACCGCAGUCCUGCUGCGGUUGAGGCUUCCACCUGCUUUGAACCCCCACAUGCUCCUGCGCCUGCCCUCCUGUCCACAAACGACACAUUGACGCCGCCGUCCACGGUCUCGGCUCUCUUGCCGACUGCAUCCCUCGCUGAUCCGGAUCCGAUCACCUCACCGGACACUCAACCCAGGCCAGUAUCUCCUCCACCAAAGUCUGCGGAGCCGCAAACAUCUACCCACAUUUUGGCACCUCCUGCUGCUCUCAUCAAACAUAAUCUCUUUGCGGCUGGCACAAAGAAGAAACCCGCAAAGGUCGUGCCGCAGGUCGGCAACAGUAAGAAGAAAAAAGCAGCAGACAAUGAUGCAGAUGAGGCCAUUAUGACUGAUGCACCCGAGUUGCCUCCCCAGUCCUCGAAACCCAGGCAAAAAAGGAAGAAGUUCCUAUCGGAUGAAGAAGCUCCCACCGGAACGGUAUAUGCGAUCUCAAAGGUAUUGCUGCCUGUCGCCGCUGAGAACAAUUCCGACCCUGCAGUUCUGGAGGAUGCAGCUGAUAACAGAGGUUUCCAGGAUGCAGACACUAGGCCUGCCCUAUGGGGCCAGGAUUCCUAUAUCGCUACCCUGUUGCAGGCAAGUCAUUCAGCAAAACACUGCCGUGAAAUGCUCACAAAUUUACAGCAUUCCAUUCGGUACCACCCCCGGAAGUGCGACAAAUGCCGGAAACUAGACGUACCCUGCAUUGUCCUUCUGGACAAGAAGGUCGGAUGCACGUGCCUUGCUUGCGCAAACUGUGAUCACAUGAAAGUCACAUGUGCGAUUGACGGCGUUGGUGUGAGGGAGAGGAUGCAAGCGAAGACCGCUGCAGAACCAUCCAAUCCUCCUAAGCACUCCGGAACAUGCACUCCAAAGUCCCAUGCCAAGACUCCGGCUGGCCGCUCUGCUAGGAAGGCAAACCUCCCGCUCCCAAGUUCCCAUGGCGCUGAACAUGAAGAUAAAGAGGGACAGCAACAGGCGAAGGAUGUCGGGCCGGGCAAGGCUCCCAUGGAGCCGCUCCCUACAAUCGAGCCUGUCCCACGACCGGAACAGGAUAACCAGCCUGCGCCAGCCAACCGCAUUGAUGCCGAGCAACAGCAAGACAAAUCUUCCAGAGUAUCCAGGACCUCGGCAGAAGAUUAG